CUUUGAUGACCUCAAUGAAUAACAGGGCAUUUAUCUUUAAACAUGUUGUCAUAUUGAUAUUUGUGCUUCAAUAAACUCAGUCUGAAUCAAAGUCUUCCCAAAUUUGUCACUUCAGACAUACUGGCCAUGGAAAUUGUUGGUGCAGUGAUAAGCAUGAUACAAUGUUUUUGUGGAGAGACCUGCUCGCAUCAAUCCAUUUCUGAAAAAUGUAUGUAUAUGAGAAAGCCUCAUGCAUUAGCAAAUAGACUUGAAGAAAAGAUGGAAUUGCUUAAAGCUCGGGAGGAGGAUGUUAGAAGAAAGUUACAAGUGGAAAAAGUAUGGCGCGGAAUGGAGCCAAAAGCUGAGGUAAAUAUGUGGCUUACUAAUGUAGGAAAGAUCAAAAGUUCUGUAGCUUGCUUGCAAGAAGAAAUUACUAAAAACAAGAGUUGUUUAAAUGGAUGUUGUCCAAAUUAUACGUCUCGAUUGAAGCUGGGGAAACACUUUGAUAAGAAAAUUAAAGAAGCCGACAGGCUGUUGGCGCAGAGCAUAUAUCCAGAUGCUUCAUUGGUUGACAUGAUGCCUCAGAGAGGAAACAUAUUACCAGCAACUUCAUUAGUGGGAGAAACUGCUCAAAGAAGUUUAAAAUUAGUGUGGGAGUAUUUGAAUGAUGGACACACUGGGAUAAUUGGUAUUUAUGGAAUGGGGGGAGUGGGUAAGACAUCCAUCUUGGUAGCAAUUAAUAAUCGACUUUUGAGAGAGAGCACAGUUUUUGAUAAUGUCAUUUGGGUCACGGCAUCCAAGGAUUCAAAUGUCCAAAAGUUACAAAAGGAUAUUGCUAGAGCUGUAGGUUUAUCUUUUGAUGAUGAAGACGAUGAAAUGGCAAGAGCAGCUCAAUUACUUGAAGCCUUGAUGCGAAGAAGAAGAUUUCUUUUAAUUAUAGAUGAUUUAUGGGAAGCAUUUUCUUUGGAGGUUGUAGGAAUCCCAUUCCCAGGUUAUGGGCAUGAGUGCAAGUUGAUAAUAACUACCAGAUCUAUGAUGGUUUGUCGUGGCAUGGAAACAAUGAGAGACGUUGAAGUUAGUGUGCUUUCUAAGGAAGAAGCAUAUGACCUCUUUAAACAAAAGGUCGGUGACGAGGUGCUAGCAUCUCCAAGAUUACAAGCUGUUGCAGAGGAUGUCGCGAUGGAGUGUGGAGGUCUUCCACUAGCUCUUGUAACAGUUGGCCGGGCUUUAAGAAGAGAAAAUGAUAUGAGGCAAUGGGAAAAUGCAUUAAGCCAGCUGAAAAGUGCAAUGGGAAGAAUAGAAGGAAUGGAGAAUCGAGUCUUUACACGUCUGAGAUUUAGCUAUGAAAGACUGAAGGACAAUGUGACUCGGUCAUGUUUUCUUUAUUGUGCAUUGUACCCAGAGGAUCAUCAUAUUGAGACUGAAGAACUGAUUAAAUACUGGAUAUGGGAAGGCAUGUUGGAUAAUCUCGGGUAUGGAGAAUCCAAGAUGCUGCAGGGAAAGAUGAUAUUAGAUGAACUGAAAAAUGCGUGUCUGUUAGAGAUCGUUUGUGAAGAAGGUAGUUUGAAUGAAUAUGUCAAAAUGCAUGACCUCAUUAGGGAUAUGGCAAUAGCUGUUACAAGAGUGAAUCCACUGUUUAUGAUCCGAGCAGGAAGUGGAAUUCGUGUCCCACCAGUUGAGAACGAAUGGCUCGUAGGCCUUGAAAGAAUCUCGUUAAUGAGAAAUGAUUUGAGCUCUUUGAGUUUUGAACCGAGAUGCCCUCAGCUAACUACCUUGCUCUUGCAGUAUAAUUCAUUGUCCAAGGGCAUACUUCCUUCUUUCUUUAACCAUCUAGGAAGUCUCAAAGUUCUGGACUUAUCUUACACAGGCAUCGCUAGGUUACCCGAGUCACUUUCGAAUCUGGAAAACCUCCACGCUCUGCUACUACGCAGCUGUUGGAACUUGCGUUACGUGCCAACAAUGGAAAGGCUCAAGGAGCUGAGGGUUUUGGAUCUCUCUUCUACAUCAAUCGAGUGUACGCCACAGGGAAUGGAAAUGUUACUCAAUCUGAAGCAUCUGGAUCUCUCCUAUACUACUGUUGAUGGAUUUGAUAUUCAAAUUUUAGGAACAUUCAGGUUUUUGGAAGACCUCUUAACUAUUGGUUUAUGGCAACCUCUAAUGUUCGGUUUGGAUUUUGUUAAUGUCGUGGCAAGCUGCACCAACUUGGCAAACCUUGAAGCCAAUUUCAGCACUUUGCACGACUUCAAUCGUUAUGUCUUGUCAGGUCACUGGAGCAUGCUUGAGAGUUUCAAAUUUUGCAUAGGCUAUCCCCAAUCCUCUAAAUUACCUGGAAAAAAUAGUGUAGGAUUUUUCGGGAUUCACAUCGUUGAAAGGGAAGCCCCUUCUUGGUUGCCAAAGAUACUUGAGUUGGCCGUUCAUGAAUGCUCUGGCAUCACUCACUUACCAAUGUUUAUUAUGAACGCCUCUUCCCACCUAAAACAUUGCAAAAUAAAGUAUUGCAACGAGAUGGAAUGGAUUAUAACUUCUGAGUGGGGCACAUUUCCUGAUUUGGAAUUGCUAGAGAUCGAGGGUCUGAGCAGACUGCAAAAUAUAUGCAAGGGGAUUCCAACCAGCCGGUACUCUUUCAACACUUAAAGUGUUGAAUGUUAUUGCUUGUGAUAAUCUCAUGACUCUGCUGCCACUUGAGUUAGUGCGGCAACUCAACAACCUUGAAGAGAUUGAAUUGCAAAGCUGUCCAAUGCUGGAGGAGAUUGUUACAGAAGCAGAAAGUGAAGAGGUCAUUCAAGAGAACGACAGUGAAGUGGUCCUCCCAAGUUUGCAAAAAUUAACAUUGGUUUCUAUACCAAGACUGAGAAGCAUAUGCAGAGGUCCGAUGAUUUGUGAUUCCUUAAUGACUAUUGAAGUUAUAGAUUGUCCGGCGCUGGAAAUAAUUCCCUUCUUUCUGGAAAUAAGGCAGCAACUAGCUGACUCUCUCAAACAGAUAAAAGGAAGCAGAAGGUGGUGGUGGACAUUAGAGCGGAACCACCCUAUUGCCACGUCUCUCCUUGCUCCACUCUUUAAACCUGAAUCUGCUCCUAAUGAAGACAUUAGGGUUGAUUCCAACACCAUAAACAGUUAUGGUGGCAGCUCGGGGAGUUCUUCUUUUGGGCCGCGAUAAUAUUCUUACUUUUUAUUGUCCUGGAUUAUCUCCCUAUUACAGUCACGCUACAAGCUCUGGUAGUUCUUCUUUCGGGCCACAAUAACUUUCUCAUGGAGAAAAUUUAGUAAAAUACCCUUUUUCUAAGUCCAGACCUUUCCAGUGUCUCAACAUGGUUCCGGACAUGAUCAGCUCCAGUUUGGUUUGGCUCCAGCAGAGUGCAAUCUAUCUCGGCUGAGUCCUCACCAUGAAACAGGCCUAGAGUUUGCACAAUCAGUAGGUCCUCGCCUCAGGCACUCACCUUCUGUACAAUCUGUCGUGCAGCUGAAGAUCCGUAGACAUGAUUGGAAUGUUGUAUAUAGCUACUCAUAGACAAGCUCCCAUCAUCACUGUUUCUCUGGCUUGAGACACCUUUUCUGGACCUUCAUCAGAUUUCAGGGGAACAUGGUCGGGUUGACCCCAUCCUGCCCACUGGAUGCCCCUGAAAUUGGGGCGGUCAUAGCCCAUAUCCCGCCUGAUGGUGCCCAGACCUUGGCCAUUCGGGUGAUCAGCAGCAGCAUACAGAUAAAAGGACUGUUUUCAUUUGCAUUGUUAAUGUAAAUGUUCUGAUCAUUUGUUAAAGUCAAGGCCAUUUCAAGUAGCAAAAUCUGUACUGACAUUUAAACUGGUUUCAAUAUCUAGCUGCAACUUCUUUAGCGAGUCAGCAGCUUCGUCUAGUGAAGGCCUUUCCAGCGGAUGAAUGACAAUGCAUCCACAACACCAGGACGAGGAUGAGCACCCGAGUGCUGCUCUCAAGGUUUAUGCCUUCAUAGGCAGCAGCAGCCAUGGCUAGCACGUACAGUUUGGUGCGAAGGGCUAUAAAAUGAAACAACUUGUGUUAUCAUGAGCAACACCUAUGAUGCAAUUGUGUAAACUCUAUUGUAAUCGUGAGCUUGAAAUAUGUUCACGAUGACAGUUUCUGCAUCGAUCUUGGCAGCACGUUCAAUGGAUUCAAGAGCUUGUUCGUCGCAUGAUUUAGAAAUGUAAACUUUGCAAACAUAGCAACAAUUGUAUUACAGUUUUCUUCUUGACCUUGCACAGUCGAAAGACGAAGAUUCUAACAUCAAUUCAAGGUGAUGUUGAGCUUUAUACAUCUUUGAGAUACAGCUUUUUUAUAUUCCAUUUUGCACAAUAACAUGCAAAAUGGUAGGCCUAUUUAAAGUUUUAACUUCUAAACUUUC